AUGAUGAAGAAGGAAUUGAGGAUGUUGAAUAGGAGUUAUUUCAGCAAUAUUAUUGAAGAAGCUGAUGCAGACAGAAUGGCUUUGGCUGCAGCCCAAGCAGAACUUCAUAAAAAUCCAGUGGAUGUUGAGCUACAGUUAGUAGAAAAUCAGAAGUUCAAAAAAUUCAAUAGAUCAUCCUACUUGGCAGAGGUAUACCUUCAACAAAGGAGCAAAACUACUUGGAUCAAGCUGGGAGAUGAUAAUAAUAGAUAUUUCUUCUCAGUUAUAAAGCACAGGAGGCUGCGAGAAGCAAUUAUCCAACUCCCUGAUAAGUCUGGAGACAUGAAAACUGAGCAGGAAGAGAUAGUAGAAAUAUUUGUGGAAUACUAUCAGGAGCUACUAGGGACAAAGGGAAGAUUCAGGGAUUAUGCCAUUCAGAAUUUUUUGAAGAAUGGGAAAGUGCUAUCAAUUACUCAACAACUACAAUUGAUAAGACCUUACACAGGGCCAGAAGUGAAAAAAGCAAUGUUCAGUAUAACUGAUACCAAAAGUCCAGGUCCAGAUGGAUAUGGGAGUGGAUUUUAUAAAGCAGCUUGGUCAGUAAUUGGAGAGGAUGUGACCAAGGCAGUGCUAGAAUUUUCUUGA